AUGGCCCCAAAACGCAAGAAGCCCACCAUGGCUUUGAUGCAGCAGGACCUCCCGACCAUCGAAGAACACUCGCCGCCGAUUACACCUGGGUUCGCCAACCCACCUCCCCGGAGGUCGCGCCGCAAUGUGAGGAAAUCGAGUGGCAUGGAUGGGUACCCCAUCGGCGAGAAGGAGAAUACAGAAUCCGUCAAUGGACAUCAAGAUGUCAAAGAAGACAAGCCACCGGGCCGCGCCAAGGUCAGCAGCGCCAUGCAUGACCUUCAGGAAAUGGAAGAUGCAUUUAGGAAAUCCGCCAAACGUCAAAAGCUGGCAGUCAAGUCGAGUGCGGUCAUGAAUAAGAAGUUUAAUGGGAGCCCUACCGACGCAGGCAAUGCGUUCAUGCCUGACAUGGGGCAAACCUCAAGUGUCCUCAGUGAUGAUGAUACACUCGAGUUUCGACGCAAGGAACAGGCCAAGAAGCAUGGAGUAGAUCCAGAGGUGCCUCAAUUGGAACAAGAUGCCGCGGUGGGUGAGGGCGAGAUGGGACAAGGCGUCGACCCAGAAGAUGUCAGCGAUUUGAAGGAAGAGGGGGCACGACCUCCUGCAGUUAAUAGUGAUUACCUUCCGCUACCAUGGAAAGGACGGUUAGGAUAUGCAUGUUUGAAUACUUAUUUGCGGCUUUCGAAUCCGCCCGUCUUCAGUUCGCGUACUUGCAGGAUAGCAUCUAUUCUAGAGCAUCGUCAUCCGCUGUCGGAUCCAUCCCAACCAGAGCAUGCUACCAAGAACCGCCCUGACAAGGACCAACCAGCAGAUGUUGCCAGAGGACAACGAUAUGUAGAGAAUCUCGGGCUUGCCAAUGCGCGAGAUAUUGUCAAAAUGUUGCGGUGGAACGACAAGUAUGGCAUAAAGUUUAUGCGUCUCAGUUCUGAAAUGUUUCCUUUUGCCAGCCAUGGAGAAUAUGGGUACAAGUUGGCGCCUUUUGCCGCUGAUGCUCUUGCAGAAGCAGGUAGGGUUGCGGGUGAACUGGGUCAUAGACUUACCACGCAUCCUGGUCAAUUUACCCAAUUGGGUUCUCCGCGCAAAGAGGUUGUCCGCAACGCAAUCCGUGAUCUCGAAUAUCACGACGAGAUGCUCUCUCUUCUUAAGCUUCCACCUCAGCAGAAUAAGGAUGCCGUCAUGAUUCUCCACAUGGGAGGAAUGUUUGGCGACAAAGAAGCGACUCUCCAGAGAUUCCGUGAUAACUAUGCACCACUCUCGGAAGGCAUCAAGGCCAGACUCGUUCUCGAGAACGAUGACGUUUGCUGGACUGUUCACGACCUGCUACCUAUCUGCGAGGAGUUGAAUAUUCCAAUGGUCCUCGACUACCAUCACCACAACAUCAUGUUUGACAAGUCCAAGAUCAGAGAAGGUACAAAGGAUAUCAUGGACCUGUACCCUCGGAUCAAGGCGACAUGGGACAGAAAAGGCAUUACACAAAAGAUGCACUACAGUGAGCCUUGCCCCGAGGCCAUCACCGGUCGGCAACGCCGAAAGCAUCGGCCUAGAGUCAUGGCCUUACCGCCAUGUGCAGACAACAUGGAUCUCAUGAUAGAAGCCAAAGACAAGGAACAAGCUGUCUUUGAGUUGAUGCGCACUUAUAAGUUGCCGGGAUGGGAUAGCUUCAACGACAUAGUCCCCUAUGAGCGAAACGACGAGAAUAAGCCACCGCCCAAGCCCAAGACACCAAAGAAGAGAAAGGCAAAGGGCAAAAAGGAGACCGAUGAGGAUGAUGAAGCCGAGCCCGAAGAGUCCGAGGUUGCUGCUCCUCCCCUGAUUUCCCCGGGGGAGAUUGGCAUGGGCGGACCGAAUCGCCGUGUGUAUUGGCCGAUCGGAAUGGAGGAGUGGCUUCGUCCGAAGAAGCGGGAAGUUAAGAAGGCGGCCGAUGGCGAUAAUAAAAAGCCCAAGAAGACUAAAGUCAAGGAUGAAGGUGGCUACGACGAAUAG